AAAAUUAACAUGGUUAGCUUAUAGUGCUUAUAAUAAAAUAAUUUAUAUUGAGAAAUGAUGUAAUGCGAUGUUUAUUGUCUGAAAGUUUAUUGAUAAAUAAAUAUAAUUUUGCUGUAUUUAUGGGAGUUUUAUUAAGUUUAUUUUAUUGUAUGGUUUUCAAUAGUUAUAAAGCAAUGUCACCUGUAAAGAAAACACCUGUUUAUUUUUUCUCUCAUGGAGGACCUACUUUUAUGUAUGAAGAUGAAGAAGGUGGGGAUAGUGGAGCCUACAGAAAAGUGCAAUAUAUUGGUAAAGAAAUUACUGAAAAAGUGAAACCAAAGGGAAUAGUUAUAUUUUCAGCACAUUGGCAAGCGUCCAAAGAUGAGGUAGAAGUGAAUACAAGUACGGAUUCUGAUCUUAUUUACGAUUUUUAUGGAUUUCCAAAAUAUAUGUAUGAAGAAACCUUUGAACAUAGUGGAUCCGCAGAAAUUGCUAACAAAGUAUUAGAUUUAUUUGAGAAAAAUGGAAUCAAAGCUAAACCAACGAAACGUUCAAUUGAUCAUGGUGUUUGGGUACCAUUUAAGGUUGCUUUUGAUCCAAAUACAAAUCCAUUACGUUGUCCAAUAGUUCAAGUCUCGUUAUAUGAUAAUGAAAAUCCUGAAAAACAUUAUGCGUUGGGUCAAGCGUUAGCACCAUUACGUGAAGAAGGAAUUGUGAUUAUUGGUUCUGGAAUGUCUGUACAUAAUUUACGUGAUUUAUUUAGACUGAGAAGUGAUAAACCAACAGAUUAUGCUAUAUCAUUUGAUGAAGCCUUGAAAGAUGCUGUAACCUUGUAUACUGGUGAAAGUAGGAAACAAGCUUUAAUUGAUAUUUGUGAACGACGAGAUGCACGUAAAGCGCAUCCCACUUUUGAUCAUUUAUUCCCAAUUCAUAUUGCAGCUGGGGCUGCUGGUGAUGAUUCAGCGAAACGAUUGUAUUCAAAUCAAGUAGGAUCUAUGGCUUGGGGUCAGUUUAGAUUCGGUGCUGUUGAAUAGUGUCUCGAAUCAAUGCCAAUUUUGAUUCUUUAAAGUUAGAUGAAAAUUAAAGAGAUUAUAUCAUAUUCGUUGGUAUGCAGAAAGGAUAGCACGCUUAUAUAAUGUGAUGGCUUAUCAAAGCAGUUAUUUCAUUAAGAAAUGCGAAUUACGAAUUUAAGUGUAAUUUAUGAAAUAUGUUAGUUAAAGUAUUUGCA